AGUGAAAGUGCGUGCCCAUAGCUGUGUACUAAAGCUCCAGUUUUCUCAGCUACACAACUCAGUGUUGCACCAAAGACUCUCCAGGUGGGAAAGCCGGUCCUGCUCUGGUGAGGUGUGCUUCCUGUCCUGUUCACCACCAUGGACAUCAAGGGGAAAGGGUCCCUCCUCCUGCUGGCUGUGUCAACCCUGGUCCUGUGCCAGAAUGUGGCCUCCAAUCCCAUCUGUCUUCAAGACACAAGAUGCCAAGCGUUCCUCCAAGACCUGUAUUACAAGGCACUCUUCAGUACCAUGGAGAUGCAGUUCAACUCUUUAGAACUGUUUAUGAAAAUUACAAAACAAUAUUCACAGAACCUAGUCUUCCAUAUACCAGGGAUAAGAAGCUGCCACACAGCUCAGAUCCCAGUUCCAGCUAGCCAGCAGGAGGCCGAGCUGUUGCAGCACAAAGACAUCAUCCACGUGGUGAUCCGCUUGCUGCGCUCCUGGGACGAGCCCCUGACGAGCCUGGCCCUGGAAGCACACCGUCUGCCAAAAUUACAAGACUUUUUCUCCCUCAAAAGAGGAAGCAUUUCUCAAACACACCGGGAACUUACUCAACUGGCAAAGAGGCUAGCAAGACAUCUUGAUCCUGAAACCACAGACAACGUGGACUACGCUUCAUGGUCAGGACUUCAAUUGCUGCAAGCAUCUGAUGAAAAAACUUUCCACACGACAUUUUAUAACACUGUCCGCUGCCUGCUCAUUGAUUCACAAAAGAUUGAAUCACUUCUUGUGUUUCUGAAUUGCAAAAUUUCCCCUGACAACUGCAAUGACGUACCGGUUCCUUUUGUUUCUGAGAAGCACUUUAAUGAUACAUCAUCAGCAAUUAUUUAGGAUUCAUGGUUUUUAAAGGCAUGUUUGAGGGGCUGGGGAUUUACCUCAGUAGCACAGUGCCUGCCUCGCAAGUGGGAUGUCGCGAGUUCGAUUUCUGGU